AUGGCGCCAGAGGCUCCCCGAAGACAACAGCCCAAAACAAGGAGAACCGCAAAUGCAUGCGUCGCAUGUCGGCAAAGCAAAAUCAAGUGCUCGGGGGAUGUGCCAUGCAACAACUGCAUACGGCGCUUCACUCGUUGCCACUUUGCGGAGGCUGGCAACAAGGUUGUGGUUUCCGAAAGGCUCCUGCAAGAGUUGAGACAGCAAGCCAGAGGACAUCGAGGUAGCCCGAGUCCUGGCCAUCACGAAGCUGGCGAACGGGCCCAGCCUCGAGGCAGUUUACGAAGGGCUAGGCAAUUGGACGAACCCACAAACUGGAAGGAAAGGCAACGCAACGCGCCAAGGGAGCACCAAGAGGGUUAUCAAUUGGAUCGAGGUUGGGAGCGGCAUCGACAGUCACUGACCAGCGAGAGUUGCAGCUCGCACAGCCAUACCAGUCGCCAGGACCUUUCUCCAAGAAUUCCGUCUCGCGUAUCAUUCAGUCCAUCUGGAAGCCCCCUUGCGCACCCGCCACAGUUCACCCCAUUCCAUGCUCAGCGUCAGGUUUCUCCUGCGCUUGCUGCCGAAGGGGGCCCAAGACGUCGUCGCCGUAUCGCAGAAGCCUGUCAGCUAGUCUUCGAUGUUGACGAUGACGACCUUGACUUCACCGAAACUCCGGCUCUCGUCCGAGGGAGGACGCACCCGGAGCGACAUCUGCAGGAAACCCCGAAACCUGAACAGGUACAAGAAGUGCCCCCUUCACCACGGCCCUUGGUCUCUGUGCUAGACUCGGCAGGCCUGACAUCCCAACGAUUCAGCUUGCCUUCCAAGAUCAUCAAGAACAAGCAUCCCAACGGGCAAGGCUGGAUCUGGCUGGCACCGUGGUCCACUUGGUCCUUCACAGUCCGGCUGCGGUUUCUAAUGAAGGAAAAGCUGUAUCCGGACUCGGAAGAAGGCAGUGUUGAUGUCUACGAUGGAAAGAUUUAUCCCUUGCAUUGGAAGCCGGCAUCUAGCGACGCGCCAGACAUGAGCGGCUUGCCGUCCAUGGACUACGCCAUCUAUCUCUUCAACGCCGUCAAGUUCCAUCUCGGCAGAGCCUAUCGGUUCUUUGAGGAUGCGAGUUUUUCUCAGUCGAGUCUGUGCCAGCUUCAGCCAGGCCCCGCCGUCGCCUCGGUGCUGGGCCACGCCAUUCGGAUCGCGCAGCUUGAAGGCUUGCACACCCCGCUGCCUGAGAAGGAGCUGGGCGCGCAGAUGGUCAAGCGCUGCCGGAAUCUCUGGUGGACGCUGUACAUCAUGGACAGGCAGUUCUCCACGUCGCUGGGGCUGCCCAUGUCCAUCCAGGACGGCGGCAUCACGACGCACCUGAGUGUCCCCGGCGAGAACUCGCAAGAGGACACGGCCGUGGUCCUCCAGGUCAAGCUCUCACAGCUUCUGUCGCACAUUCUGUCUUACCGACUCAACAGCCCAGAACACGGCGACAAGGACUGGGAGCCAUUUUUGAGCACGACGACAUCGUUGAUCUCGACCGGAAUCAAGUCUGCUGUCAAGACGCUCCAAAUUCUCACAGACGAGGAAUAUCUACUAGGUGCGCCCACACCCCCUGCCUGCUUCUUGUUAGCCCCAAGUCUGCUGCUUGUCCUUCUCGAGUCUGACCCAGGAGUCGCAGAGGUCUUUCUCGUCUUCGACCUCGAGUUCGUCUACAGCGCAGCGAUCCACCUGACCAUGGCCGACGCCCUCUUCCCAAGCGUGGCCGAGGACACCCGCGGGCACAGCCAGGCGGCGCACUCAAUCAUGGACGACAUGAUGGCCAAAGGCAACAAGGUCGCGGCGACGCGCAAGGAGGACCUCACGCAGCUCGAGGAUCUCUGCCGCGAGCUCGCCGCGCGUACGGAUGCACGCGGCCUGCAGACGCUGACGCUGACGCUGCCGGGUCUCGAUGACUCGAUCGCAGGGUCCCUCUCGUCGGCAGGGACCACGCUCGAGGCCGUGGCUGGCGUGGAGGAGGACGUGGGCCUGCAGAGGGGACUUGGCGAUAGUGCCAUGGCGGAGGAGACGCCGAUGCUGUGGGCGUCGCUGCCGGCGGCGACGACGAAUCUGGAGUUUAUGGACACUAUUGGGAUAUCGUCGGAGGAGGUGUUUUCGAUUCUGGAUGAGAUUGGCAACAUGGAUGAUCAGGGAGUUGUGUACCACUGGCCCGAUGCGGGGUGA